AUACCCUCCCACACCAGUAUCCCUCCAGCAGAUGCAUCAACAGAUCAUCAGUCGACAGCAAAGUCUGGGUUCAGCCUUUGGGCAUAGUCCUCCACUCAUCCAUCCUGCUCCAACCUUUCCUACACAGAGGCCUAUUCCUGGCAUCCCUAAUGUCUUGAAUCCUGUUCAGGUCAGCUCAGAUCCUUCAGAGGCUGCACAGAGUAAGCCCACAAGUGAGUCUGCAGUGAGCAGCACAGGAGACCCAAUGCAUAACAAGCGUUCCAAGAUAAAACCAGACGAUGAGCUCCCCAGCCCAGGAGCUGGAUGCAUGCAGGAACCACCGGAAGGAAUGACCUCAGUAAAGGAGGAAGGGGAGAAAGAUGAAAGCAAGCAAGAACCUGAAGUGGUCUAUGAGACAAACUGCCAUUGGGAAGGCUGUUCAAGAGAGUUUGACAUGCAGGAGCAACUAGUGCAUUACAG